AUGACGUUCUGUCCCGAGUUUCAAUUCGGUAUUGAUUUAGUGGAAGCCGCUAUUGCUCAACGCCAGUUCCUGCGGAUCGUUGAUGAUUAUCCAAGUUUAUACGCCGGUCCACACGUUCGAAAUGCAAUCAGAAGAUAUGAACUUUUCUGGCUGCCUUUGCUGGCUCAGAAUGCCACUCGUAUCAAGAAAUGGUUUAUUCCUUUGAACGUCGCAGCACCACUUGACAUCGCCUGGGUGUUGCAUGUGCACAUGCUGUCCCCUGUCGAUUACCAGAGGGACUGUAAUGAAAUUGUCGCCACUUUGGUGGAUCAUAAAAUACUAGUCGGUGAGCAACGUGAUAAAGGGCUUGUAAAGGCCAGGGCCCUAUGGGAAAAGGUGUAUCCCGAAGAACCUUUUGAAGUAGACCUGGCGGCCCCUGUUUGCGACGCGCCAGAUUUCCAAUCAAGAAUUGAAUAUGACAUCGAGGCUGCUUGUGCUCGACAGAGGGUUUUUAAUUAUCAGGUGUCCCUACCUCAUUUUGCGGACAAGAGAUUUUUGACCGAAGCAGUGAAGAGGUAUAAAUUGCAUCUUUAUCUGAAGCAAAAAAAUCCAGAAUUGUUUUUUGUACCGUGCUAUGACUUUGACCUUAUUUGGCACGCACAUCAGCUUAAUCCAUUAAUCUACACACAAGACACCACGGAAAUCCUAGGUAAAGUAUACGAUCACAAUGAUUCAGUGAACGACCGACGGCCAGGCUCACAACUAAGCAAGUCUGAAACAGUAACACGAGAGAAAUGGAAAAACCUGGGCCAGAUAUUUGCACUAAAUGGAGCCAUGUUUCGCGGAGAGCCUCCUCAUGGUACGCAGAAAGAAUCCAUUGAUUACAGCUUGCAUGGAGCAUUUGAGUACACCGUGGACUUGACCAUGUUGGAAGUUGAAGGUCUCCCAAAAUCGAAAACCUACACUGUCAAAAUUGAAGAUGUCAAUGGCUCGCAAGUGCUUAAGGUGCAAGUUCGUGGACCUGCUGCAAGAGUUACAAAAUCUAAUGGUGUGUUAUCAAGGUUUUCAUACAAAAAGAAUAGCGGAAAUUUGAGGGUUCGUAUUCAGCAACAUGGGACUUGCUCUUGCUUUUCACAUUUACUAGAUGAGUCUGCAGAGUAUUACUAUGAGUCUGCAGAGUAUUACUUCUCAGCCGUAUUCGGGGCCUUGGGAGUCUCCUACAAAAGUAACGUGGUGCCUCAACCGGAAACGCACGAGUUAACCAUUGCUGGAAACUUGAUUGUUCGGUUUACCACUGUGGUGCAUCCACCUCAGCCAGAUGAAUACAUUUUCACAGUAAUGCCAAAUGGGGAUUUCAGCCCAGUCCGAGAUGCUGCUUCCAUUUUGAGCUCACCAGCACUGUUCCUUUCGCCUUGUUCUUUGAACCAAACCCUGGCUUCUAGUGAAAUGUCAAUGCAUCGGCUACUGGAUUAUAGGGGACGAGAAGCGUUUACCUGCCGAGUGAUGCACUCCGCUGAGUUGCUGUUCUCCUCCAUAGAGGUCAUGAACCACGUCGAUGAGGUUGUUAGCACCGCGCACCUUCUACGCGGAAAUGUCCUUCCGACGAAGGAGCAAGUCGGCAAGCCUAGUUUUUGUUGCACUUUGAAUGAGGCGGGAGGGGUAAGAGCCAUAUUGAUUAGAGGUUGCAAAGACUGGGGCAUCUGCAUUGGCAAAUGGAAAGGAGCUGUAAAGGGUGUCCCUGGUGUACCUGGAAUAAAAGGGUCUGAAGGUAGUCCAGGUGUUAAAGGAACGCCUGGUGUGAAGGGCCAACCGGGUGAUUUGUGCAUCAAGUUCUUCUCAUUGUCCGAAGCACAAGAGUGGAAAAGAGUGAAGAAACGGGGAGAAACCUUCAGGGUAAGUCUUAGCAAAAAAGAGAUAGUCAACGUAAACCUUCGGACUGGAGUGAUCUCUUUUCCAUCCGCAGUAAGUGCCGUACCAGAAAGCAUUGCACUGGGAUUCUCUAUAGCUGUCCUUCAUCUUCUGUGUCAGCCUAACACUUCGACAAGAAUGACCGAUCACACGAAGCCAUCAGUUAUGGCUUCAAGCCAGAUAGACAAACCUCGCAGAAUCCGUUGCGAAGACCUGGCGCUGGUAGUCGCAGCAGGGUUUUAUGCCACCACUGUACCGAGCAACGCAUAUGUUAAGCACAAACUUGGGGAUGCUUGUGGAGGCGGAGGUUGUGGAGGAUGCGGAGGUUGUGGAGGAUGUGGAGGUUGUGGAGGAUGCAGUAGCUGUGGUGGAUGUGCUGGAAGAGGUGGAUGUGCUGGAAGAGGUGGAUGUGGUGGAAGUGGUGGAUGUGGUGGAAGUGGUGGAUGUGGUGGAAGUGGUGGAUGUGGUGGAUUUGGUGGAAGUGGUGGUAGUGGUGGAAGUGGUGGAUGUGGUGGAUGUGGUGGCUGUGGCUGUGGCUGUGGGGAUUAA